AUGUCUACAGCAGAUUUCUCCCACCACUUUUCCGACAAGAACAUUCCUUUCGGAAUUGCUUCUUCCGCGACACACACAAACCCUCAAGCUGUCACUAGACUGGGAAACACUGUCAUUUUCCUUGACGACCUAGAUCUACUCAAGGGCGUCGAAGGUGUUGCUGGUGUUUUCAGACAACCCACCCUAAACGCGUUUGCAGCUCUCUCCAAGAGCGUGCAUCAAGAUGUUCGAAAACAAAUUCAAUCAGUACACCAAAAGAAUGGCCUUGAUGGAUUUCCGUCUGGAAGCAAAGAAGACAUAGGCGAUGUUACGAUGCAUCUACCCAUGGAAAUCAAAGACUUUGCUGACUUCUCAUGCUCUCUGGACCACGUCAUCAACGCAGGGCGAAUUGUCGUCAACAACCCCAACCCGCCGCCUGGCUUCUUUCACUUCCCCGUCGGUUACCAAGGUCGCACAAGCUCUAUCGUCGUGUCAGGUACCGAUAUUGAGCGACCAUACGGACAGUUCCGUAACCCCAACGCGUCAAACGGCGAAAGUGCUGUCAUUUAUGGUCCCUCUCAAAAGGUUGAUUACGAGGUUGAACUCGCUGCGAUAAUUGGAAAACCGUUGAGUAUGAAGCAGAGGUUGAAUGCAAAGGAUGCCGAAGACCAUAUUUUUGGUUUUGCUAUUCUCAACGACUGGAGUGCCCGCGAUAUUCAAGGUUUCGAAAUGAGCCCUCUUGGUCCCUUCAACGGCAAGAGUCUGGGAACCUCUCUCUCACCAUGGAUUGUCACACUCGACGCUCUGGAUUCCUUCAGGACACGCUCCCCAGCCCAGCAAACUCUUGCUGCUUCAUACCUCCAACAUCCCAACCCAUCAACCUUUUCCAUCACCAUGAAGGUUGAGGUGCUGGCCAACUCGACUGCCACGACCGUUGGUGUUUGCCCUGUGGAAGCUCUAUACUGGACUCCUCAGCAGAUGAUUGCACACUCGGUCAGCUCGGGUAGUGCACUGAGGACUGGUGACGUUCUUGCCACAGGAACUGUCAGCGGUUCUAAUGAGUCGAGUAGAGGAUGUAUGCUCGAAACGACAGAGGGCGGCUCCAAGCCUGUUACACUGGUCGAUGGAUCCAAGAGAGGAUUUCUCGAGGAUGGUGAUGUCGUCAGGAUAACAGCUGUUGUUGGAGAACAAGGUUCCGGCGUUGGCUUCGGAGAAUGUGUUGGACAGCUCACACCUGCUCGACCUUAUUAG